AUGGAUUCCAGGGUGAAAGGUGAAGACUCUGAGGAAGUGGAGAUUGACUUGGAGGACUCCAGUGACUCUGAAGACUUUGAUAAUGGGGAGGAACCUCAGAUGCUGUGGAGGGCCUAUCCUGCUCACGAGGAAGAGGACAGCAUACAUACUUCUACGCUCGUUGAAAUCAGCGAUACAAAGCCUCUGAUUAACGUCAGGGACCCCCGAGGUAUCAAUGACUGCCUCAAGGUAACGUUUGAGGAUGUGAUUGCUGAGCCGGUGUCAUUGCGCAGUGGCGACAGAGUUUGGAUCUGGAGCCACGCCCUGUUUGAGGUGUGCAGGGUUUGGAUCUACAGGGUCGUCACUGUGCUGCUGGCCAUUCCCAUGUCAGUGAUCUCUGGCCUCCUCUUUGCCAUCUUCAGCUGUUUCCACAUUUGGAUGGUGAGUCCCUGUGUCCAGUGUACUCGUAUGGGCACCCGCUGGCUGCAGAGCCUAUGGAGCAUCGUGCUGGGCAUCUGUGUACGACCCUUCUUCGACAGUGCUGGGAGAUGCUGCUCAGGCUUCAGCAUCCACCUGGCCGAAGAAUGA